CCACCGUCUCCACCGCCGUCGCUGUCGCCACAACAACCACCGGCAGCCAGCAUUCUCCGCCGGCGUCUCCGUGGCGCGCCAGCAGCAACCACGCCAACAGCAUCAGCACCAGUGGCACCACCGGCGGUACUAGCGGGAGGAUGAUGGACGCCGAUCGGGAGGAGGAGCCGCGCGAGCGCCUGGAGCCGCUGUCGGACGGCGAGCUGGCCAUCAUCCAGGACACCUGGGGCCGCGUCUACGAGAACUGCGAGGACGUGGGGGUCACCAUCCUCAUCAGGUUCUUUGUGAAUUUCCCGUCGGCCAAGCAGUACUUCAGCCAGUUCCAGGAGAUGGAGGACCCCGAGGAGAUGGAGAAGAGCAGCCAGCUGCGGGGGCACGCGCGCCGCGUCAUGAACGCCAUCAACAGCGUGGUGGAGAACCUCAACGACCCCGACAAGGUGGCCUCCGUCCUGGAGCUGGUGGGCAAGGCACACGCCCUCAAGCACAAGGUGGAGCCCGUCUACUUCAAGAUCCUGAGCGGGGUGAUCCUGGAGGUGCUGGCUGACGACUUUGGCGAGUGCUUCACCACAGACGUGGCCCACGCCUGGACCAAGCUGAUGGGGGCGCUCUACUGGCACGUCACCGGGGCCUACGCCGACGUGGGAUGGGUUAAGGUGUCCAGCUCGGCCGUCUGA